AGGAAAUUACCGCUAAAGUCCUAAAAAUGUCUCUGUCGGUGCUAAAAAAGGCUGCACUUCUUAUGGGCGAUCUGGAACACACAGAAAAGACUAAGAAAUCUGCAGCAAAGCAGAUUAAUAGGGUCAAAUUAGUGAAACUGUCUUCGAUAGAGAAACGGACUCGCAAACUUGUUGAAGAAAUUCGCAAGAAACGUCAAAAAAAUUACAUGAAGGCGAACAUAGAAAGGAUUAAACGAUACAGCACGAAAAUUGACAGCUACUCGAAGAAGAUCCUGUCAAACGAUUUGGUUCGAGAGAGAUUAUUUAAAAACAACAGGGACUUUAUAUCAGUAAAGGACUCAGAUAAGGAUAAAGAGGAAGAGACUUCCGUAUUUACUGAUGAAGACUUUAAGAGGUUUGAGGAAGAGUACAAUAUACAUUUCACAAAACGUGCGAAGGAACGUGCAGAAUUUAGGAAGAUGUUGAAUUGAAAAAGAAUCCUAGCACAUAAACCGUGACAAUUUGUCUAUAAGGGUAUUAGUAUGUAUUUCAAUUUGAAGUGUAUCUGUUAUGUCUCACUUCGAAAGUUAGAUCAUUAAAAUCAGCAGGAUAAACAGCCCAGAUAUAACGUGCUGGUUGAAGUCAACUUAAUGCAUCUAUGGAUUUGUGUCGUGAUGUUCAAGAACAUAGAUUACCACUCAAGGGGAUAACUCUGUGUCUAAAAUAAAUUAAUACUUCGCUUACGGUAUGGUCUUUGUACUUAGCUCUUUUUUUUUGUUUGGAAGUUGAUAGCAAGUGUGUUAUGACUUCACAGACUUCACAACUGUGUUGUUUGUCUGAUACUGUGGGACCAUAUCAUUAUAUCAUAUAACUAAAUAAGGGGCAUUGAAAACAGGGAUUUGGGCAAACAGAAAUUUAAAAUGUUCCGCUAAUAUUGUUUCUGCCGGAGAUAAUAAAAUUGGUUGAUUAGAGGAAUACUAAGAAGAUUUAGCGGUUUUAUGAAACGUUGAGGCGUUAAUAAAUGUCCUCUCUGUACGCUCCACAAUUGUUAUAAAGAUUACAGCGUGCAAUGUAUUAUAGUUACAACCAGUCUACUCAUCAAAGAUAAAACUACCUAAGCAAAAAAGAAGAGACGGCAGAGUAUAAUAAAUUGCUUUUUAGGAAGCCUUCUGUUAGGUAUAAUUUAACAUGUCCGCCCACAGCCAUAUUUUUACCUUCGAUGUAGUUAUUCCAAACCCAAUUAAAUACCAGGUUAUCACUUGUAUCAAUUUGCGGUCGUUCUUAUAUUUUAGAUCUUAUAUUUUAGCUACUUUUAGAUUUCAGUCACGAGCCUUUAUUGAUCUAGAUAGUUGUUUGAGCUAAGUUAAUAUCGACCUGUAAUGUCAAGAUAUAUAUUCUGUUUUCGGCGUGGCACUGCAGUUAAUGAUUCAUUUUUCUGCCUGAAACUAAAAACUCAUCGACCCUCAACAUGGU